AUGUCCAGCGUGCAGGAAGAAAUCCCCGAGGAGUUCGCUGCUAUCUUCAAGCGUUUCGGAGAAUUAGAAGAGAGAGAAAUUCGUAGAUGCGCCGAGGAGGAUGUCAGGGCCCGGAAAGAAGACAAUAUUCCUGCGCAGCCCGAGGUGGACAAGCCUGUAAAGAAGGAUGAAUUUCGGAAAAUCAGUAGGAAGCAGCUGAAGCAGCUUCUAAGGCCAGAUAUAGCCACUUUAAAGCUGCAGGCCCCCCGGCCAGAAGUGGUGGAGUCGUGGGAUGUAACUGCUCCGAAUCCGAGGUUGCUGGUGUGGCUGAAGGCUUACCGAAACACCGUCCAGGUUCCCAUACACUGGAGUCUGAAAAGCCGGUAUCUCAGUGGUAAACGCGCCAUUGAAAAGAUCCCCUAUAAACUCCCAGCGUACAUGGAAGCGACGAAGAUUGGCGAGAUCCGGGCCGCGAUACUGGAGAAGGAGGCGCAAAAGUCCUUGAAGCAGAAGCAGCGGGAAAAGGUUCGUCCAAAGGCUCACCGGAUGCACAUUGAUUUCCAGGUGUUGCAUGACGCCUUCUUCAAGUAUGCAGAGAAGCCGGAGCUCAGUGUGUUUGCCGACGUUUACUACGAAGGCAAAGAGCACGAAGACAAGGCGCGCCAAUUCAAGCCCGGCCAGCUGAGUGCAGCUCUCAAAGAAGCGCUCGGCAUGGUCAUUCCCACCCAGCCCCCUCCCUGGCUUUUCAUGAUGCAGCGCUACGGACGACCACCGAGCUACCCCAAUCUCAAAAUACCAGGAGUCAAUGCCCCCCUGCCGCCUGGCUGUCAGUGGGGCGUCAACGGCUGGGGAAAGGCACCUACCGACCACUUUGGCAACCCCCUCUACCCCGGUGUAUUCGCUGAACAACCUGCCCAACUACCACUGAACGACGACAAACCUCCGCAGUUCUGGGGCGAGGUCAUCCCUGCAGAAAGCGACGCCGAGUCCGACUACCAAGAGCAAGAAGAGAACCCGCCCUCGUGA